AUGUAUAUCGAUUCCUUCGACCAGUGCGACAGCAUUGCGCAGCAAUGCAUCGAUCGAGGAGUGCCGAUAACGAGCCAGCUGGUCGUGCAGGUCGUGUUCACUACCGAUGACUUGGACGAUUUAGCUAGCCUGCGACGGUCGCACCGACAGUUGCAUUCUGAGCUGCCCGGCUCGCGCAGUGCCGGUGUGCAGCACAGUCUCCGCAAUUUAGGAGAGGCAGAUUUUUGCACUUGCGACCUCGAAUACAGCAAGAGUGCCUUCGACCUGCAUCGCGAGCGCAGCUGUCGGCAGGCGCAGCAAGCAUGGCUGCAGGUGACCGAGCAUCACAACGAACUCGUGAACAAGGCGAAGCAGGCCGCGGAGGAAUCGCGAGGGAUUGACCAAAAAGUGCCUUCGUACUUGGAGCCGUACUUCGAGACCGCGCGGGUUUUAGAGGCAGACCUCACGAUGUGCUAUGCCAACCUCGGGCGCUGGCAGGACCGACUGGCUGAGUUGCGGACGAGGCACCAGGGCCAGGGCCGAAGCCGGCAGAGUCCCGCUCUGCCGCCGGGCGCUCCGCCGCCGGGCGCUCCGGUGGCGAACGCCCUGCGCCUCAGGGGCCCCUGA